AUGCCCAGUGGGUGGAGCAGCAGUCAGUGUGUACAAAGGUCAAAACCGACCCAGAAGAGAUAACAGCACCAACCUACAGCUUUCCAGAACCACGGCUGCAACUUCCAGGUCCGAUGGCGGGGAACAAAGCGGUUCUGUUCAACUUCUGGGGCGUAGUGGUUCCGUCUACACCCGCCGGUCUUUUCCACAAACUGGAGGAGCUGCACAACCUGCCGCGAGGGUUUCUGUCCACAGUGGCGUCCAGAAGCGACGGAUCUUUGAUUGGGGCAGAAAAAGGCAGACUGACUCUGAACCAGAUGAUCCCGGCUUUCCAAGCCGAAUGUGCCAAACAAGCCGAGGUCGGAGGUGUGGCGCUGCCGUCCGAUUGGUGCGUCCGCCGUCUGCCGGACGAGGUCAGAAAGGCCAUGAUGGACGUCCAAGAGAUUGUGCUGAAAACGUCUGCGAGUCUGCGAUACCACGGGGUUCUGACCGCAGUCCUGGCCAAUCGCUGGCUGGACGACGGCGCCUCUGGAGACGAGCCGGCUCGCCUCCUCUGUCUCCUGGGCAACAACUUCAACCUGGUCCUCCAGUCCUGCCACUCGGUCACAGGGUGCCAGACCGCCGUGUUCGGCUCCGCUCUGGACCGGCUGGGGAUCCCGUCACAGCAGGCUCUGUGGCUCGAUGUGGACCGGGACAGCGUGAAGGCAGCCGAGACGGCGGGGAUGAAGGCCGUCCUGGUGGAAGACCUGGAAGCCGCUCUGCAGAAAGCGUCCCGCUUCACUGGAGUUCAGGCUGUUGGGGCAGACGGUCCGCCCGUCACCUGCCGGCCUGACCAGGUGUCUCAUGGAUACGUCGCCAUCAGACCUGGUGUUCGGACCCACUACGUGGAGCUGGGCUCCGGGCCGCCGGUUCUGCUGUGCCACGGCUUCCCAGAGAGCUGGUACUCCUGGCGGUACCUAAUUCCCGCUCUGGCUGCCGCCGGGUUCAGGGUCCUGGCUCUGGACAUGAAGGGAUACGGCGAAUCCACAGCGCCACCUGACAUAGAGGAAUAUUCCCAGGAGAAGCUUUGCAAGGAUCUCACCUUCAUGGACAAAAUGUUCUUACCACAGGUCACCCUGGUGGGUCACGACUGGGGCGGCGCCCUGGUCUGGGCCAUGGCCCGCUACUUCCCAGAGAGAAUCAGGGCGGUAGCGUCUCUGAACACCCCCCUGUUCCCACCGGACCCGUCCAAACCGCCUUCAGAGAAACUGAAGGCUCUGCCUGCUUUUGACUACCAGAUUUACUUCCAAACACCAGGAGUAGCCGAGGCCGAGCUGGAGAGCGACUUGGAGAGAACCUUCAAGAUCUUCUUUUGCAGCAGCCGUGAAGCCGCAGGGCGUCCCACUCUCAGCACGUCGGGGGUCUGCGCUCGAGGGGGGCUGUUUGUGGGUCUGCCGCAGCAGAUCCCUCGCAGCUCCAUGCUGACCCAGGCCGACCUGGAGUACUACGUGGCUCGGUUCAGAGGGAGCGGCUUCAGGGGGCCGCUGAACUGGUACCGAAACAACCGGGCCAACUGGAAGUGGAUGUGUUCACAGCCCACUGGGAAGGUUGCCAUGCCGGCGCUGAUGGUGACGGCGGGGAAGGAUCCCGUCCUGCUGCCGGCGAUGUCUCACGGCAUGGAGGAUCUGGUCCCCAACCUGAGCAGAGGACACAUCGAGGACAGCGGACACUGGACACAGAUGGACAGACCGGCAGAAACCAACAACAUCCUGAUAUCGUGGCUGAGACAGACGCUGGCGCACAAACUGUAACACGACCAAAGUUAGACGUCAGGAUUUCCUCAGGAAAACCAGAGAAGACACGAAAGUUGGAAAAGAGUUUGAAGAAAAAUGGACAGAAGAAGCAAAGAGAUUGAAAUGAAUAAAACACCAAAACCUUCUGA